GAGGGGGGACAAGGUUGGACCGGAAAAUCUGUAGUGAAGUUUGGAAAAGAGGAGAUGAAGUUGAUUAAGGAUGGAAGCGGGGUCAGAGUGUAAGACAGUCGGAACUCGGCUGUCCAUGCCCCCGCCUCUGCUCCCCUAUCCAUCACCACGGUGGCUCGGCCGCGAUUGAUUGAUGGGCGAUGGCGGUAUAUAAACAGCUUCCCGGGCCGUCCAAUCGCACAGCAGGAUACGACCUCCGGAGGAAGACGAUGAGGGGAGCGCAAGCCCUGCCGAGCCUUCUUCCCCUCUUGCUUGCCCUCUCUUCUCUUUCCGUAGUCUCUGCCGCCUCCGGCAAGCAAGACCAGGUCUACAUCGUGUACCUGGGCGGGCACGCCGGGGUGAAGGCGGAGGAAGCAAUCCUGGAGGAUCAUCAUCACGCGCUGCUACUCUCCGUCAAGGGCAGUGAGGAGGCGGCACGGGCGUCGCUGCUGUACAACUACAAGCACACCCUCAAUGGCUUCGCGGCUAUCCUCUCCCACGAAGAGGCCACGGAACUAUCGGAGAGGAGCGAGGUGGUGUCUGCCUUCCGUAGCGAGGGGAGGUGGGCGCCGCACACCACGAGGUCCUGGCAGUUCCUGGGAUUCGAGGAAGGGCUCAAGGGGCCCGACGGCAGCGACUGGCUGCCGUCCCUCGACAAAUCCAGCGCGGACGUCAUCGUCGGCGUCCUCGACUCCGGCAUCUGGCCGGAGUCGAGGAGCUUCAGCGACGAAGGGCUCGGGCCGGUGCCGGCACGGUGGAAGGGGGCGUGCCAGGGCGGCGAAUCCUUCAGCUCCUCGUCCUGCAACAGGAAGAUCAUAGGGGCGCGAUACUACCUCAAGGCCUAUGAGGCGCACUACAACGGCCUCAACACCACGUACGCCUUCCGCUCGCCGCGCGACCACGACGGGCACGGCACCCACACCGCGUCCACCGUCGCGGGCCGCACCGUGCCGGGCGUGUCCGCGCUGGGCGGGUUCGCGGCGGGGGCGGCCUCGGGCGGGGCGCCGCUGGCGCGCCUGGCCGUCUACAAGGUGUGCUGGCCCAUCCCGGGGCCCGACCCCAACAUCGAGAACACCUGCUUCGAGGCCGACAUGCUGGCCGCCAUGGACGACGCGGUCGGCGACGGCGUCGACGUCCUCAGCGUCUCCAUCGGCUCCACGGGGGCCCCUAUGCGGUUCGCGGACGACGGCAUCGCCGUCGGCGCUCUGCACGCCGCCAGGCGCGGCGUGGUCGUCUCCUGCAGCGGCGGCAACUCGGGGCCCAAGCCGGCCACCGUGUCCAACCUCGCGCCGUGGAUGCUCACGGUCGGCGCCAGCAGCAUCGACCGCGCCUUCGACUCCCCGAUCAAGCUCGGCAAUGGCGUGGCGAUCAUGGGCCAAACAGUAACAUCGUACCAGCUUCCCGGCAACAAGCCGUAUCCUUUGGUCUACGCAGCAGACGCCGUUGUUCCUGGGACUCCCGCUAACGUUUCCAACCAGUGCCUGCCGAACUCCCUGUCGCCCGACAAGGUGCGAGGCAAGAUCGUCGUGUGCUUGCGAGGCAGUGGCCUGAGGGUUGAAAAGGGUCUGGAGGUGAAGCGCGCGGGCGGCGCGGCGAUCCUGCUCGGCAACCCACCGGCCUCCGGCAGCGAGGUCCCCGUCGACUCGCACGUCCUCCCGGGCACCGCCGUCUCCGCGGCCGACGCCAAGACCAUCCUCGCCUACAUCAAUUCCAGCUCGAGCCCGACCGCGGUGCUGGACCCCUCGAGGACCGUCGUCGACGUCCGGCCGUCGCCGGUGAUGGCGCAGUUCUCGUCGCGCGCCCCGAACGUGCUCGAGCCCAACAUUCUCAAGCCAGACAUUACGGCGCCGGGGCUGAACAUCCUGGCGGCGUGGAGCGAGGCGUCGCCGCCGACGAAGCUCGACGGCGACCACCGCGUGGUGCAGUACAACAUCAUGUCGGGGACGUCCAUGUCGUGCCCGCACGUCUCCGCCGCCGCCGUCCUCCUCAAGGCCGCCCACCCCGACUGGAGCUCCGCCGCGAUCAGGUCGGCCAUCAUGACCACCGCAACGACCAACAACGCGGAAGGCGGCCCACUAAUGAACGGGGACGGCACGAUCGCGGGGCCCAUGGACUACGGCUCGGGCCACAUUCGGCCCAGGCACGCGCUGGACCCGGGCCUCGUGUACGACGCGUCGUACGAGGACUACCUGCUGUUCGCGUGCGCGAGUGCCGGCUCCCAGCUCGACCCCUCCGUCCCGUGCCCGGCGCGCCCGGCGCCGCCGUACCAGCUGAACCACCCCUCGGUGGCCGUGCACGGCCUCAACGGCUCGGUGACCGUGCGCCGGACGGUGACCCACGUCGGCUCCGGCGAGGCGCGGUACACCGUCGCCGUGGCCGCGCCCGCGGGCGUCUCCGUGGAGGUCUCGCCGAGGCGGCUCCGCUUCGCGCGACCCGGCGAGAAGAAGGCGUUCCGGAUAAAGAUGGAGGCGAAGGCGAGCGGGAAGGGCAGCGGGCGCGUGGCGAGAGGGCAGUUCGUGGCGGGAUCGUACGCGUGGAGCGACGGUGUCCAUGUCGUGAGGAGCCCCAUCGUUGUCCUCGUCGCGUGAUCGCCGUGCCGAAAACUGCAAGGGCACAGGUGGGUCUUCUAUUCCUCCGCAUUGCUUAGAAUGCCAUACCUUGAAGAAGUGAAAGGCAAUCCAAAUUCAGUUGUGUGCCGGAAUUUUCGGAAUGAAAAUUCUUAAGGUUUCCCAAGAAAGGACAAAAAGUUAGAUGAUUUUCUGCUCGGUAAUCAGCUGUCAGCUAAGUUGCUGUGAUAGCAAGCCUGGCCUCCUGCAUUAGUAACAGAGGCACUACUUGCCAAAAGAAUCACGAAAU